AUGGCUGGCCUCAACGUCUCCUUUGCUUUCUUUGCCCUGGUUGUUGGGGUGUGCCAGGUGCUCAGGUGGCUUUCCAAAAGGCUUCUGUCCCCUGCAGUGUAUGAAUGCCUUGCCAGAGAACUUGCUGGCUCCUUACAGUUGUGCAUGAGCUUCCUUGAGCUGAGGAUGCUGAUGGAGAUUGGGCUGUGGGGUGGGGGCUUUGGCCCAGAUGUCAUCCUGACUCUCCUCUUCCUCCUCUUCUUGGUUCACGGAGCCUCUUCUGAUGGAGCAUUUGCCAACCCAGCUGUCUCCCUCCAGGAGUUCCUGCUCUGUGAGUCCAACCUGGCUGCAACUGCUGCCAAGCUGCUGGCCCAGGCUGUGGGCAUGGGGACAGGCUGGGCUGCCACCAAGCUCUACUGGUCCUGGGAGCUGACCCAUUUCCACGUCAUCCAGAACCUGAUAGCAGCAGAAUGCAGCUCCUCCAUCCACACCUCUCUGCACCACGCUGCCUUUGUGGAAAGCAUCUGCUCUUUCCUUUUCCACCUUGUCCUUCUCAAGUUGCAUCAGAGUCACCCCAUCUGCUGGACCCCUGCACUGGCAGUGACUGUCACCUUCCUGACCUACACAGCUGGACCAUUCACAGGGGCCUUCUUCAACCCUGCCCUGGCCACAGCCACCACCUUCCACUGCUCAGGGAACACCUUGUGGGACUACAUCCAGGUUUACUGGUUGGGACCCCUGGCAGGGAUGCUUGCUGCUCUCCUGCUGUGCCAAGGGAAUGUCCCACGCCUCUUCCAGAAAAACCUCUUGUACAGCCAGAAGAGCAAAUACAAGAUACCCAAGGCAAGGGUGGUGGCACAUGUGGAGGAGCCACAGCAGAAGAAGAAAGGGGAGAGGAACAACUCCAAGCCUCAGGCCUGAGCCAUGGACUGGUGCCAAGGAGGCCUUUGCAGCCCUUCUCCCUGGGAGCAGGCUUCCCAUCCCAGAGGAUUUUGCUGCUUGUCCCAUCCAGCCUGGUGAGAUUUAUUUCAGGCAUUGCAAAGGAAUUGGCCUUGAGGGAUCCCUGAGCUCCUUUGGGAAUCAGCCUUGAAAAUCUCCCUGGAGAGCCCCAGAUGUUUCCA